AUCAUAUUUUUUACAAUUAACUUUCCAUAUGAGCUUUCUCAAUGUCUGUGCUGGUUUCGUUGUGUCUGCUGAAGAUUGAGAUUGUCGACGACGAAAACAACAUGAGCGCUGCCUCAGGUGAAGAAAAUGCUGCUGGUGGUGCCGUCUCGAACGAACAUCCUACGAAUCCUCGCCUGCAGCGGGAUAUGAGGGGUCAGCGGAAACCGAAGAAGAUUUCCAUCGAAAGCUACCGGAACCGGUUGGAUUCGGCUGAAGGCGGCAGCGAUGAGUCCCGGGGAGUCCUGCCCAAAAGUUCCCGAGAGCAAACGCCGAUGGACGAGGUUCCCCCGGCACCGGGGCAGGAAUUUCCCGGGGAGAUCAACUUUUUCUCCGGCAAUCCGUUCGUCGAGGUGACCAAGGGCAUCCUGCAUCUGUUCAAGCGGAACGAACGCGCCGACAUCACCGACGGACCGUCCACGACGCUCUGCCUAAUCGCGGUUCCAUCUUCGUUGAAUUGCCAUGACAUCCUGAACUUCAUUGCCCCGUGCCAUUCGGUGAUACAGCAUGUAAGAAUUCUUCGCGACGGUGCACCCAACCAAUUUAUGGUACUGCUGGAGUUCCGCUGUGUUGAGGCGGCUGUUGAGUUCUAUCAGACCUUCAACGGUGUGGCGUACAAUAGCUUGGAACCGGACUCGCUAUGCCAUGCCGUUUGGGUGUCCGCCGUGGAAUGGGGUGACGAUGGUAUCGCUCCCCAGGGCCACACCGAGCUGCCGAUGUGUCCCGUCUGUUUGGAACGAAUGGACGAAAGUGUUGAUGGUGUACUGACGAUCCUGUGCAAUCAUGCUUUCCAUGCUGGUUGUCUUAUCAAGUGGGGCGAUUCCACUUGUCCGGUCUGUCGGUGUAUUCAGACCCCAGAGCUGUCCGAGACUUCAAACUGUAUGGAAUGUGAAGGAACGGAAGCACUUUGGAUUUGUUUGAUCUGCGGACACAUCGGAUGCGGUCGGUAUCAGGGUGGACACGCUGCAUCUCACUACCGAUCAACAAACCAUACGUACGCCCUGCAGUUGGGAACCAAUCGAGUUUGGGACUAUGCCGGGGAUAACUUUGUACAUCGGCUGUUGCAAAGCAAAUCCGAUGGAAAGUUGGUGGCCACUCAGUCGCCGGGUAGCGAUGGAGAUGAGAAAAUCGAUUCGAUGCAACUAGAAUUUACAUAUCUACUGACAUCACAGCUGCAUGCUCAGCGGGAGUACUACGAGGAAAAGAUGAUGCGAUUGGAGGGCAGUACUGCGGGUGAUAAGCAGAAGCUGCUACAGGAAGCCGAGCAGAUACGGAAGAAGAACGUUUCACUGGAAGGGAAAAUUCAGGCUCUUAACAAGGAGAAGACCAAUCUGGAGAAGAAGGUCAAUCAACUGUCCGCCAAAAUGACAACGGUUCUUAAGGAGCUCUCGGAAGAAAAGCAAUUCGGGCAAACGCUACACGAGAACCAAUCUUCGUGGCAGACUAAAUUUACGGCGCUGGAGAAGAAAUGUUCGGAAAAGGAAGUGGAAGUGACCGAACUCAAGGAGCAGGUUCGCGAUCUGAUGUUCUACCUGGAAGCGCAAAACAAAAUUGCAAACUCCGAGCUUAAAGACGAACUGGCCGGUGCGUCGUUGGAGGUCCCCAAGGCCACCAAACGUCGCACCAAAAAGAAGUGAAUUCGCUCUCAAAUUUCUCUCCUAGAAUAGGUACCUAUAUCAAUGUUAGCAAACUAAAUUAAUAAAUUGUAACUAGUUGGGACUCGUUCAAAGACGCUUUUGCGAACGUGAAGCAAAUUUUAAGGCAACUGUAACUGUAAAAUGCGAACGGCUAACGUCUAACUUAUUUCAAGUUGUAAUUGUGAUAUUUCCUAUCGAUAUUGAAUAAACCUUGUGCUUGAAGUUAAA